CGGCAAGCUGGAGGAAGCAAGGGAAAAACUCCAUUAAAAAGCCCAGCUUUCCUCCAUGUUAGAUGUGAAGUGGAAAAUGGGGAAGAUUUAGCGAAAUUCCACUGUGUCUUCAGCCAGGCUUGGUGAACAGGAGAGCAGAGUGAAACCCUCAGGCUGUUGAAAUUUCUAGACUCCCAGGAAGCCCCUAGAAUUGGGUGAAAAAUGAGGAUUCAUAACUCAAACUGAUGGGGGCAAGGGGCAGAUGCUUUUAAUCAUUCUCCCCAGUGUGUGUUACCUUUCUUGACCAGUAUGGUAAGCAAGAGGGCACAUGCCAGCCGCCUCGGACAAUUCUGCAUGAUCCGAGUUCCCCAAAGUAAGACAGAGUGACCUCAAGCCUGCGGCUCGCUUCAUGGGCUUUGGGAGAAGCAGGAGAAGCAACGGCAGCGGCACAGUCACAGCAGCUGGAGCCGUGAGAAUGAACUGCCAGGAGGGAAACGACAGCAGCUGCGGCUGCGGUGGCCGCGAGGAGAAGAAGAUGCUGAAGUGCGUGGUGGUAGGGGACGGCGCCGUGGGGAAGACCUGCCUGCUCAUGAGCUACGCCAAUGACGCCUUCCCCGAGGAGUACGUGCCCACUGUGUUUGACCACUAUGCAGUUACUGUGACAGUGGGAGGCAAGCAACACUUGCUCGGACUGUAUGACACCGCAGGACAGGAGGAUUACAACCAGCUGAGGCCGCUCUCCUACCCCAACACGGAUGUGUUUUUGAUCUGCUUCUCCGUCGUAAAUCCUGCCUCUUAUCACAACGUCCAGGAGGAGUGGGUCCCGGAGCUGAAGGACUGCAUGCCUCACGUGCCUUACGUCCUCAUAGGGACCCAGAUUGAUCUCCGAGAUGACCCUAAAACCUUGGCCCGUUUGCUGUAUAUGAAAGAGAAACCUCUCACUUAUGAGCAUGGUGUGAAGCUUGCAAAAGCGAUUGGAGCACAGUGCUACUUGGAAUGCUCGGCCCUGACUCAGAAAGGUCUCAAAGCCGUUUUUGAUGAAGCGAUCCUCACCAUUUUCCAUCCCAAGAAAAAGAAGAAACACUGCUCCAAGUGUCACAGCUGCUGUUUAAUUAUCUGAGGUAGCUUGAGACCCACCUCCACCCCAUCUAAGGGUAAGAAUGGCAGCCAACCUCUGAGACCCAGCUCAAGCCAAAAGGAGGGCAUGACCAGAGAGGAAGUCUCUGACACCGAGGCUUGCUCCCCCGCCCUGUGAGCCUUCCCAAACACAGCGCACUAUCAGCUAACUGCCACAUCCUCCCUACCAGCCAGAAGCAUCCACGUUGCACACUCUACGAGAAUGCUGAGCCCGGAUUCCAGCCAGUGUCACUGCUGACCACGUAGGAAACAAAGUCAAAGGCCAUCUUGCAUUUUUUCAUCGCCCCCUCCAAGAACAUGAAGCUGAUAGGAAAUCAUCACAGGAAAAACAAAA